AUAUCGGAUUCUUAACUUGUGCAACCCAAGUCGAAAAACCCUUUGACAGUCGUUUACUCUCACAGGCGCAGCACACACGAAAGGAAACUCCAUCCGCUUUGAGUCGACAUGGCAGAUCGAUUGACUCGUAUUGCUAUUGUUAGCAACGAUAGAUGCAAACCCAAAAAGUGUCGUCAAGAGUGUAAGAAGAGUUGUCCUGUAGUCAGAACCGGUAAAUUAUGUAUUGAGGUUACUUCUGCUUCAAAAAUUGCUUACAUAUCUGAGGAAUUGUGUAUUGGAUGCGGUAUUUGUGUUAAGAAAUGUCCUUUUGAAGCUAUCCAGAUUAUCAACUUGCCAAAGGAUUUGGACAAAGAUACAACUCAUAGAUAUGGUCCUAAUACUUUUAAGCUACACAGGUUGCCGGUUCCGAGGCCGGGGCAAGUGCUUGGUUUGGUUGGGACUAAUGGAAUUGGGAAGUCCACUGCACUUAAAGUUUUGGCUGGAAAAUUGAAGCCGAAUUUGGGUCGUUUCACCCAACCCCCUGAUUGGCAGGAAAUUUUGACCCAUUUUCGAGGAUCUGAAUUGCAGAAUUACUUCACUCGCAUUCUAGAGGAUGAUUUGAAGGCUAUCAUCAAGCCUCAGUAUGUUGAUCACAUUCCAAAAGCAGUGGAAGGGAAUGUGGGGCAGGUGCUAGACCAAAAAAAUGAAAGAGAUAUGAAGGAAACACUUUGUGCUGAUCUUGAGCUUAAUCAAGUUAUAGAUCGUAAUGUUGGUGAUCUUUCAGGAGGUGAGCUCCAAAGGUUUGCCAUUGCAGUUGUUGCAAUCCAAAAUGCUGAGAUAUACAUGUUUGACGAACCUUCUAGUUAUCUUGAUGUGAAGCAGAGGCUUAAAGCUGCCCGAGUUGUUAGGUCUUUGCUCAGGCCUAAUAGCUAUGUAAUUGUUGUCGAGCACGAUCUUAGUGUCUUGGACUACUUAUCAGACUUUAUUUGCUGUUUGUACGGUAAACCUGGUGCAUACGGAGUCGUAACACUUCCUUUCUCAGUCAGAGAAGGAAUUAAUAUCUUCUUGUCCGGCUUUGUUCCAACAGAAAAUCUUAGGUUUCGGGAGGAAUCUCUUACCUUCAAGGUUGCAGAAACUCCACAGGAAAGUGCUGAGGAAACUGACACUUAUGCUCGAUACAAAUACCCAACCAUGACCAAAACUCAAGGUAAUUUCAGGCUUCGUGCAGUUGAAGGAGAGUUUACAGAUUCACAGAUUAUUGUGAUGCUGGGUGAGAAUGGGACAGGAAAAACAACAUUCAUUCGCAUGCUGGUAUAUCUUUUAGUCUUAUAUAUUUCUUUAUCAAACUGCAUAAUUCAUCACAUAUAUCUAUUCACCAUCUCCUUUUUUAUUCAGGCUGGUUUAUUGAAACCUGACGCUAUAGAAGGUGGAUCUGAUGUGGAGAUGCCCGAGUUCAACGUCUCAUACAAACCUCAGAAAAUUAGUCCAAAGUCCCGAUUAUCUGUUAGACAAUUGCUGCAUCAAAAAAUUCGCGAUGCAUACACUCAUCCCCAGUUUAAUUCAGAUGUGAUGAAGCCACUACUUAUUGAACAGUUGAUGGACCAAGAAGUUAUGAAUCUUUCCGGCGGAGAGCUGCAAAGAGUUGCCUUAUGCCUUUGUCUUGGAAAGCCUGCAGACAUCUAUCUGAUAGAUGAGCCAAGUGCAUAUCUUGAUUCCGAACAGCGUAUUGUUGCUGCAAAAGUCAUCAAGAGGUUUAUUCUUCAUGCAAAGAAAACAGCCUUUAUCGUUGAGCACGAUUUCAUCAUGGCAACUUAUCUUGCCGACAGAGUUAUUGUGUAUGAGGGUCAGCCUUCAAUUGAUUGUACUGCAAAUUGUCCACAAUCAUUGCUGACUGGGAUGAACCUUUUCUUAUCCCAUCUUGAUAUCACAUUUAGAAGAGACCCAACUAAUUUCCGCCCAAGGAUCAACAAACUUGAAUCAACCAAGGACAGAGAGCAAAAGAAUGCGGGAUCUUAUUAUUACCUCGAUGACUGAGUUAAUACUCAAAAGGCAGUCUGCUCUUUUGCCAAUGCAACAUUGCAUCAAAUUGAGCUUUUUCUCGAAUCCCAGCUCUAAUUCAUUUGAUGCAUUGCCAAGAAAGUUUGUCCUUUUCCUGUUGAAAGGCAUCUUUCUCAAUGGAUAGAAGAGUCUGCAUUCAGGCCAUAUGUUGGUUGGUGCAUUCAUAUAUGUUUCAGUAAUACUUAGGACCUGUUUGGACUAACUUAUUUGAGCUUAUCUACCGGCACAGACACUUGUGACAAUGUUUGGGAGAACUUAUGAAAACAGCUUAUGACAUGUAUGUCAUAAGCCUUUUUCAACUUAUUUCAAUAAGCUCUUCAAGAUAGCUUAUGAAAACAGCUUAUAGAUUAUACGAAGACCAUUGUUUGACUUUAUUUUAUCUUGUGUUAUAGAAAUAGCUUAUUCAUAAAUGUUUAUCAUAUAAACACUUAUGCUAUAAGUUGCGAAAUAGGCUGUUUAGUCAAACACGGCUUUAGUACAUGUACAUUUGCUCAUGACCAGUUUUGGUAUGACUAUGGUGAGUGAAUCUUAUUAUUUCUUGAGUUUAUAUCGGUCACAUUUUCA